AUGGCGGGCUACAAAUCGCUCGGCGUCCUCCUGGCUGUCGCCGCGCUCCUCGCCGCGGCGGCAAGUGCGGUGGAGGACGAGCACAUGUACCACUGGAAGUGCUUCAAGUCGUGCACGGGGAACUGCCAUGACGAGGACGCCGCCUUUGACGACGACGUCGUCGCCAAGGACGGACACCACCCCGCCGGGGGCUCGAACGCCUCGGCCGUCGUCUCCGGCGGCAAGUGCAAGGACAGGUGCCUGAACGAGUGCUUCGAGGACCUGCCGGCCCAAUGCUACCACCAGUGCGUCGUCACCAACUGCCUCUGCUUCCCACCCUUUAGCAACGAGAAAACGAUGUGCCUGAAGAGCUGCUGCGAGAAAUGCUUCCACCACGGCCCGCCACCGCCAGCGCCUGGUCCUGGCCCGAAGCCGCCUGCCCCGACGAAGCCCAAGCCACCGCCGAGGCCGCCAGCGCCAAAGCCGCCUGCCCCGACGAAGCCCAAGCCACCGCCGAGGCCGCCAGCGCCAACGCCAAAGCCACCGACGCCCAAGGCGCCGCCACCGCCCAAGAAGCCGUGUCCCUGUCCCCCCGGCAGCGACGAGGUCAAGGCCGACGACAACAGCAACAACUGA